CCCGAAGUCGGGGACCACUGGCCCGCGCACCGCCUCGAGGGCUCGCGAGCCGGCCUGCGGGCACCUUUGCCGGGCGAGGAGCCGCGCGCUGAGCCGCCGCCGCCGCCGCCACCCCUGCCCCGGCGCUGAUCAGGCUCUGCGCCAGGAGGCGGCGGCCAGACCGAGUCUCUGCUCCGGGAGCCGGGGGCUCUCGACCCCGCAAAGGGCCCGAGAAGGAGAAGGACGUGGAGGAAGGACGUGGAGGAAGGACGGCCAUGGCUCUCGACUUCCUGGCUGGAUGCGCCGGGGCUGCGUGAGCAGCAGGGUGAGGGAGAGACACCAGCUUUGAGUUGGACAGAUCCUGGCGUGACCUUGGGGAUGUCACCCUCACAUGCUCCCUCAUCCUCCAGCCACGAGGAUUAAGGGGCUCCCGGGAGGAGCUCGGUGCACAGCAGGUGUGGCAGGCGUGCUGGUGGGACACCCAUUUGACACGGUCAAGGUGAGGCUUCAGGUCCAGAGCCUGGAGAAGCCCCAGUACCGAGGCACCCUGCACUGCUUCCAGUCCAUCAUCAAGCAGGAGAGCGUGCUGGGCCUGUACAAGGGCCUGGGCUCACCGCUCAUGGGGCUCACCUUCAUCAACGCGCUGGUGUUCGGCGUGCAGGGCAACACCCUGCGGGCCCUGGGCCAAGACUCGCCAAUGAACCAGUUCCUGGCGGGGGCGGCGGCCGGCGCCAUCCAGUGCGUCAUCUGCUGCCCGAUGGAGCUGGCCAAGACGCGGCUGCAGCUGCAGGACGUGGGCGCGGCCCGCAACUACCAGGGCUCCCUGGACUGCCUGGCGCAGAUCUACCGGCACGAGGGCCUGCGCGGCGUGAACCGGGGCAUGGUGUCCACCCUGCUGCGCGAGACGCCCAGCUUCGGCGUCUACUUCCUCACCUACGACGUGGUGACGCGUGCCCUGGGCUGCGAGCCGGGGGACUCGCUGCUGGUGCCCAAGCUGCUGCUGGCGGGCGGCACGUCGGGCAUCCUGUCCUGGCUCUCCACCUACCCCGUGGACGUGGUCAAGUCCCGGCUGCAGGCCGACGGGGUGCGGGGCGCCCCGCGCUACAACGGGAUCCUCGACUGCAUGCGCCAGAGCUACCGCGCCGAGGGCUGGCGUGUGUUCACGCGCGGGCUGACGUCCACGCUGCUGCGCGCCUUCCCUGUCAACGCUGCCACCUUCGCCACCGUGACCAUCGUGCUCACCUACGCACGUGGCCCCGAGGACCAGUCCGAGGACGAGGGUGUGCCCGCCGCCUCGGGGCCUGCGCUGGCCCAGCCCUCCAGCCUGUGAAGCUCCGCCCCCUUGACAGGGCGUGACCUCCCCGGGGCCACCUUUCAUCCACCCAACAUCCACAUAAAUCGGCCCCCUGCCCAGACCAGAGGGCUGGGACUCCAUCAGAUCUGGGCCCGGUGCCACUCAUCAGCCGGGUUACCUUGGCCACAGCCUUGACUCCUCAUUUUUCUCAGCUGUGAAGUGGGGAUGCUCACACCCAUGCUGUGCAGUCAGGAAGCUGGCCCUGUUACCUGGAAGCUUCCAGAAACCCAGCCAACACUCCAGUGCUUCCCUGGGAUCCCACCCACCACCCCGGCUCUCCCGUGGCUGGGCUGCCCAGUGACACUCAGUGCACAUCCUCCACCUGGCAGAGCUCCAGGCCCCUCUUGGCCACCUGUCCAGGCUCUAGGAUGAGGACAGGCAGCCCCGGUGCCUCCUGGUAUCAGAACUGAACCUCUCCUAAUGCACCCCAGCUUCUCCACAUGGCACUCCCAGUGGAGGCUGACCUGGGGCCGCCAAAAGGCCAUGGGAUUUGCUGGAGGCUCCGUAUCCUCCAUAGUUUUAAACACAGCCAGGGGGAGGGGAAUUCUUGUACCCUCUGGGGCUCAGGCUGCCCAUCUAUAAAAUGGGGACACGGGUCGGCCGAUAUCUGGAGCUCUGGCCCACUACCCCCAGCCAGGGUUUCCAAAGGCGAGUGGAGGGGUGGAGAGGGAGAUAGUAUGGGCCCCCCACCCCACCCCCCUUCUCCAGCAAAUGGUGUCUUACCUGGGCAAGCUCCUUGGUGCCUGGUGUUCCUGUGAGGUGGGAGGGCCCAUUAGUGGGCAUGGCUGUGGCCAGUUUGGGCCCCUCUGGGUUGAGGGGGAGCUGAGCCCACGCUCUGGGGCUUCCGCUCGAAGCUAGGGCUGCAGUGGGAACUCGGGGUGGCCCCGGCACAUCCAGUGCCGUGCGGCCAUGUGACCGGCUGGGGAGGUGGAAGGUACUGCAUAGAGGAAGGUGCCUGUGGCCCCCUUUGCCCUGAGUGGGCUCAGCCGCUUGGGCAGUGCCAAGCUCUCCCAGGAGGCCCUGUGGGCGAGGAAGACGGGACUCCCACCCUGUGCAUGGGUGUCACUGGUAUUAAAGUUAUUUGUUUUUUAAGA